GACGUUAUAUGUACGAGGUGCAGAGGAAAUGCCUGUGGAUUCGUGGCGAUGGACAAAUCAUACGAAGCACCAGGUCGACCGACGUUGGGCCAUAGCUCGUGGCAUACGCAAUGAGAAACAAACGCGACAUGGCAAUUUUAUAUCAAUUUCAUACAUGGCCGCCCCCACUAUCCGUGAGUGCGGCGGGACUGACUGAGCGUUGGAGUGUGAGGAAUACCAGAACGACCAAGUACACCUGCUUGCCAUUGUCAGCGUGAGGGGAGUUGUAUACGGACGGGAUGGGUAUGGCAUCAACGAGAGCAAACAUCAGACUCCUGGCGUUCCUGCACAGAGAGCAGAAAAUACAAUUCAUUGUGCGAUCCAUUCAUUGCACGAUCCACUGCGUCUUUCUUUGUGAACGAGACAUUUAGCAUCAAGCAAUAAAACAUUUUAUUCUGCACCAUUCGCAAAUCUGGAUGCUUUGUCGUAAUUGCAUGGCAGUAAUAAAAAUGCCAACCUGGCCAGAGAGAUCCUGCGUACUAAUCACAUUAAUGAGCACUACGAGUACCUAGUAAGGCCGGAGGUGUCAGGUAGCUUGAUCCAAGUAACACGGAACCGAAUCUUUGAUAAUCUAUCGGUUGAUCUGCCUCCUGCCCUGCGUACUCUUUCCCUUCUCCACCAACUAUUACCACCACGAAACCCACAAACUGCUGAAUUGCUUCGUACAUCUAGACUGCCCCUCUCCACUUCCAACCAACAGAUAUACAUGCGUCGUUCCCUUACCGUUCGCUGCUCGUCUCUGAGCGACUGUACAGUCUUUCGCAAUUCUACCACAUUACGUCGAUAAAGGUCGCAAUAUCGCAACAGCUAUCUCGACAAUCCUCCAUCAUGUCUGCGGCGAUCGCCGGCUCCGUCUUUGAGCUUCUGAAAAGACAAUCCGAGGAAGAAGAUCCCGACGCACCCGAUUCAUCGCAGAAAGAAAUAUUCUCGUCAUGGGCUCUCUUCAUCUUGAUUAUGCUACUCAUUGUAGCCCUCUUCACGAGUUACUUGCUUCAAAUCAAGAAAGUUGAAGCGGUCCAUGAAACUUCCAUUUCGAUCUUUGCUGGUAUGACCAUUGGCUUGAUCCUUCGAAUCAGCGCUGGAAAUUCUAUACAAAGUCUUGUGAGCUUUGAUGAACAGAUAUUCUUCAAUCUUCUCCUACCGCCGAUUAUUCUGGCUUCCGGAUACGAAUUACACCAAGCGAAUUUCUUCCGCAAUAUCGGAACUAUUCUUACAUUUGCGUUCGCCGGGACUUUCAUAUCAGCAAUUGUGCUAGGAUUGGUAUUAUGGUUGUAUACGAGAAUUCCCCUUGAUGGGGUCAGUAUGACAUUCGUUGAUGCUAUAUCUGUUGGAGCGACACUUUCUGCCACCGAUCCUGUCACCAUUCUAGCGAUUUUCAACACCUACAAAGUCGACCCGAAACUUUAUACAGUAAUUUUCGGAGAAUCGAUCCUGAACGAUGCUAUCGCAAUUGUCUUGUUUGAAACAGCACAAAGAUAUAAAGAAGGCGGUAAUGCCGGAACCUUAGGUCUCCUCAGUUUAUUCGAAGGUAUCGGCAUUUUCUUGGCAGUGUUCUUCGGAAGCUUGAUUAUUGGAAUCAUCAUAGGGAUUGCUACAGCCUUGGGAUUGAAGUAUACAUACGUCAGGAGAUUUCCAAAGAUUGAAAGCUGUCUGAUUGUGUUGAUUGCGUAUGCCAGCUACUUCUUUUCUAAUGGUCUUCAUAUGUCUGGAAUCGUUACACUUCUAUUUUGCGGGAUCACUUUGAAGCAUUAUGCAUAUUAUAACAUGUCUCGCCGCACGCAACUCACCACUAAAUACUUGUUCCAAGUACUUGCGCAAUUGUCGGAGAAUUUCAUCUUCAUCUACCUCGGAUUAUCUUUGUUCACCGAGAAGAACUUACAAUUUAAACCGCUCUUCAUUAUAGUUACAGUCAUUGGCAUCUGCGUAGCCCGAUAUGCCGCCGUAUUUCCUCUCUCGAGACUCAUUAAUUGGUUCCUUAGAUACCGCGCAAAGAAAAGAGGGCAGGAAGUCGCAGACGAACUACCCUACAAUUAUCAAGUAAUGCUGUUUUGGGCUGGAUUGCGCGGAGCUGUAGGUGUUGCCUUGGCAGCCGGAAUGACUGGCGAGAAUUCAUGGGCGUUAAAGGCAACUGUACUUGUGGUUGUAGUGCUUACUGUCAUUAUUUUCGGUGGUACAACAGCACGCAUGUUAGAAAUUCUUGGCAUUCGCACUGGAGUGGUCGAGGAAAUCGAUAGUGAUGACGAAUUCGAUAUUGAAGCUAUUUCAGGCGGAAAUUAUUACAAACAUUCCGGAACAGGAAUUGGAAACGAUCCACGACGAAGCAAUGGAGCAAUGCAGCUUGAUGGUCUUGCCAGGCCACGAGAUCGUAGAGGAGCAGAGCGUGGAAGCUAUGCAAGUGGCAACGCUAGUCCAAAUGUCAGACCAGCAAGCAUGAAUCGGAAGAAUUCUAAUGCCAAUGGAAGAAAGGAGAGCGAGAGCGAGCAGGAUCUUCUUGGUAAGACCGGUAGUACGAGUGAUGAAGGCUUUGAUAGCGAUUCAUCUGAUCUUCCGCCACCGGCCAAUCGACCACCGAAGAGAAGACCAUCGCCACCUCAGGAUAGUGGUGAUAUGGGAACACCUUACCCAACUUCAGGCAGUACAAGUCGUCCUGAAGCACCGCAUAUUACUGCAUCAGGCGCAAUCAGCCAAUUGUUGCAUGGAACUGCCGAGGAUCAUGCAGCAUGGUUCAAACAGUUAGAUGAAGGAUUUAUCAAACCAAAGUUACUUCUUGAUGGUGGUAAAGGUCCUCACGGUGGGCCAAGCGGAAGCUAAACCCGGUCUCAUUACGGCGAACAACAAAUUAUUCAAAUAGUAGGAUAGGGCAAGAAUGGCGUUCUUCGGUGUACAAGAGGAGUUGGAAUUUUGGCAGCCAGCGAUUGCGCAUGCAUGUAUCAGAAUUAGAUAGACUUUUCGUCCGAUUUUCUUAUGAUAUAAUCAGCGAAGGAAUAGAAUAGGAUUUAUAUCACGUUGAGUUCGUUUGUGUCAUUUUUACAUGCAAGCUAUGGAGCCCGGGUGUUAAAUUUUGGCGUCAAGAAUUUGGCUUAUCUUGACAUAGGUAGACGUUUUGGAACAUGUUGGUCGAUUACCAGGUACACAAUUUACCGUAGGCUACCCAGUGAUGGGAGUUAAUGUUUCUUGUAAUAUUUUGGGGUGCUUAUGGGAUGGAUAUGCCUAUAUUUGGAUACACAUUUUGGGCUCUUCAAGGAGAAUGCAGAUCUUGUAUCCAUUGGGUAUCUAAAAACUUUGCAGAAUGGUUAUACAUGCCGAUACCAUAUUUGGCGAUAGGCCCGGUAGCAGAAGACAUUGUGCGUUUUUGUAUCAGCAUGAAUUCUGCAGAAUACAAAUUGGAGUUUGUUUGCCUUGUACAGCAUCUUCAAACGAACUGUUUCAGCUCGUGAGAGAACGAAGAGAAGACGUAAAUCAAAGGGAGAGCAAGAUACUGUUGCUUUGAAUUUCAAGAGUUAUUGUAGCUUUUGCUUUGCUCGAAGUAACUGACUGCUACUAGUGAGCAUAACUAUUAGCAAUAGCAGUAUGAUUUAGGUUUGGCUUAUUCGCUUGGAUAAAUACAAUACCGGGAUUGUGGUCUCGCGUGUCUGCGUAGUGCACCCAAGGAGAGAUGGAUGGUUGAGAAUGCGAAGAGGGGUUAGCGAGGUGUCUAUAUACAUAGGUGGCUUGGAAGAAGAUUCAGGGGUGGUUUUGAUAUGAGGGAGAGGGAAUAGGAUAUGUAAUAGGAUACGGUGAUUGGAUUGCUAGUCAGACUGUGAGGUUCUGUGUGGGGUGAUUUAAUGAUCCGCGUCUGCCUGGUAACCUUAAGUAAGGGCUUGAUCACAUUUUUAGGGUAGAGGUUCGUUUUUUAUGUUUAUCUUAUGGGUUCAUUAAUGUCUAAAUUCUCA